CUACACAUUAGAUUUCUUCAUGGAGCAUCAUCACCCUUCCUCAUCAUCCUUACCCUUCUUUCUAUUUUCAUUAAUAAUCUUCAUCCUUUUCAUAUCACAACUUCUCAAAUUGUUAGCUAAGAAAUCCAAAGUCACAAGCAAGAAAAAAGAGAAGCUUCCUCCGGGGCCAUGGACACUACCUCUAAUCGGUAGCAUACACCACUUAGUUGGAAAAUCUCUACCCCAUCAUUGUAUGAGAGACUUAGCAAAAAAAUAUGGUCCUCUCAUGCACCUUAAGCUCGGUGAAGCAUCAAUCAUGGUGGUUUCUUCUCCAGAAGUUGCCAAAGAAGUAUUUAAAACCCAUGAUAUCAACUUUGCCGAAAGACCUAAAAAUUUAGGUGCAGAUAUCUUAACCUAUGGUUCCACCAACAUAGCCACCGCGCAAUACGGUGGCUAUUGGAAGCAACUAAGAAGAAUAUGCUCAAUGGAACUUCUUAGCCCUAAGCGUGUGAGUUCAUUCAAAUCAAUAAGGGAAGAAGAGGUAAUGAAUUUGAUAACAUGGAUUUCUGAUAAUACUGGAUCUUGUGUUAAUCUUAGUGAGAAAGUUGCUUCUUUGACAAGUGCAAUCACUGCUAGGGCAAUUUUUGGAGAAAAGUGUAAGUGUCAAGAACAAUUCAUUUCAUUGUUGAAGAGUCUUGGAAAGAUUGUGGAACGUGUUUUUGUUGUAUUUAGUCUUUUUCCGUCUCACACAUGGCUCCAUCUUAUAAGUGGAGCGAAGCGUGAGACGGAAAAAGUACAUAAAGAAUUUGAUAUCGUAAUUGAAAAUAUUAUAAAAAAUAAAAUAACAAGGAUAAAAAAUAAGGAGGAUAAAUCUCACACAGUGGAUCUUCUUUCUAUUCUUCUAAAUAUGGUGGAAGAUCAUGGAGCUUAUGAGUAUCCUGUGACAAUCAACAGUGUCAAAGCUAUUGUUUUUGAUCUAUAUGGUGCCGGAAUUGAAACAUCAUCUGCAGUGAUAGAAUGGACAAUUUCUGAGCUAGUGAAGAAUCCAGAAGCAAUGGCAAGAGCUCAAGAAGAGGUUAGAAAAGCUUUUGGCACCAAAGAAUCAUCAUCAUCUCUUGAGAAUCUAACAUAUCUAAAAGCAGUUAUCAAAGAGACAAUGAGAUUACACCCUCCAUUUCCUUUACUCCUUCCAAGAGAAUGCAGAGAGACAUGUGACAUCAACGGCUACACCAUAGCCGCUGGAAGCCAAGUGAUAGUAAAUGCAUGGGCCAUUGGAAGAGAUCCUAAUCAUUGGGGUGGCCAAGAAGAUGCUGAGAGAUUCCGUCCCGAAAGGUUUCUAGAAUGUUCCAUUGAUUAUAAAGGUUGUGAUGUUGAGUUCAUACCCUUUGGUGCUGGGAGGAGGAUAUGUCCAGGCAUUUAUUUCGCUGUUUCAAGCAUUGAAAUUUGCGUUGCACAACUUUUGUAUUAUUUCGAUUGGAAAGUUCCAAAAAAUGGAGACAUUGAAGGAGAAUUGGAUAUGACUGAAUAUUUUGGGAGCACGGCAAGAAGGAAGAAUGAUCUUAUCUUAGUUCCCAUUCCAUGGAAUAGUAGUAAUAAUAACUAAUAACAAUUUAG